AUGCAGAAGGCUCUCAGUGCAUGGAACCUCAUGUGUAGCCACUUAGAGCUGCUGGAAGUUCAUCAUUGUACCUCAAAUAGCUGUGGAGAUCUUGCAACCUGUGUUGAAAACUUCGAAGGCUAUUUUUGUGAAUGUGACUACAAUUAUUACUAUAAUGAUACUAAUAAUACCUGUGUAAAAGGCCAGAGCUUUGGUGCAGAACUGACCCUGAAAAUGGAAUUUGUUCAAGCUAUGACGAACAAAACAUCCAAAGAAUAUAUGGAACUUGAAAAAAAUGUAACAUCCUUUUUUACUGAUUCAUUUUCCUCGAUUGAAGGCUACAGAAAAACUUUAAUACUUGAAGUUAGGAAAGGCAGUGUCAUCACAACAGUGUCAAAUACAUUUACUGAAACUGCUGAUGUGAAUGAAACAGCAAUUGAAAACGCUGUGAAGAAAAGUGAGUUUUAUGUGUUUAAAAAUUCAUGCAAUACGCAGUGCAAAGGAAUAAACGAAUACAUUGUUCGAGAGGAUAAUAAAUGUAGUUGUAAAUGUCAAGCUGGAUACAAACGAAGGAAUAAUGAAUGUGAAAGUUGUCCAUUUGGCUAUGGUGGAAUUGACUGCAAGGAUGCCUUUCAACUCAGUACUGUAGUGAUUGGUGUUAUAGCUGGAGUUGUCAUAAUAAGUAUGACAAUCGGACUUAUUUAUGCGUGUGCGAGAUUAAAACAUAUUAAAAUUGAUGAACAUCAGCCAUUGGUAAUGGAAACAAAGGGAGAAAACCUAACAAAAAUUCCGAGAGUAAAUUUGGGCAGCAAGACAAUGAUGAUGAACAAACUGGCAACAAGAGACUAUGAUGAGAGAUCACAUCAGGAAGAUUGGAAUACUUACCAAAAUCUUUCCAUGGGAGGUGAUUAUAACAAGAAAAGGGACGACUGAGCUGACAGAAACAAGGAGACAACGAUGAAAUUGCAAAACAGUUAGCAUCCACAACAAAAAGACAAAUUAAUAUUCUGUGUUUCUGUUCUAAUAAAGGAUCAUAUUUGCCAAAGUAACUUACCAUUUCAAUUUACUAUCCAACAUUCUAGUUCCAAUAUUCUUAGCCUCUGUGUCACAUUUUCAGCAUUCGAAUUCUUUUUUAAUUUUCAGAAAACUGAGAAAAGUAAUCAAUUUUACCAAUCUUGCAAUGUACAAUGACUGAAUAAAGUAGCCUCAGUACUUGACAUUCAAACUAUUUGGCAUAAACAUUUCAUCAAUUUUUUUGAUUCAAUUUUAAUCUUUGUAAUUUUCAAAUAAUAAAUCAUGCGAAGUAACAGUCAAACUGGUGUAUGAAAUGACCCCAUUAUUCUGGUCUUAAAAAUUAUAUUUUGCUUAUAUUCAAUGUGUGAGUUGACCCCUUUUGUAGAUACAGUGUGCCAUACUCACAUUAUUCAUCAAUUUCAAUUUGCCAUUGCACAAAUGUUAUAUUUACUAGUAUCUUAUAAUUGGAGGUUAAGAGAUGAAGCUAACAAUAUAGGCUAUGUUGUGAAGAUGCUUGGGGCUUUAAAACAUGAUCAUUGUUUGUGUCAUGUACCAGUGACACCCAAACCAGCAGUUCACUUUUGUAUUUGGCAUAAAAACCAAAAUUGUUUUCUUGUUGGGAUGGGGAACAGGGUUGACCUUGAAUAGCUGACUUAUACGUCAACAUUAAUGAUUAUUUGACUUCAAUUAACAGCUACAAAAUAGAAGUAGUAGUAUGGAAAAUAUUAAAACGAUAAAUGGGACAUGGAACCUUUGAGCCAAAUGGCUGUUGCUUUGCCAGAAUUUCAAUACUUGUAUGUAAAUUCAACUGGUUUGUAAUAAUCAUUAUUAUUUGGGAAAAUAUGGUUUGUAAUGCUCAACAUUCUCAUGGUGUUUGCUGUAUGUCCAUAAAUGCAAAAUGUACUGUGAAUGAUAGGUUUAUAAUCUGAAAUGUGUGAAGAAAAGUAAGUAUGUUGAUUAAUUAUUGAAAGUACAGAAAUUGUUUGAAAAUUACAUAGAAUGCACAUGUAAAUGAAAUAAUAAAUACAAUUAAUAUA